AUGGAGAUGGAGCGCCCCCGCGUUGACGCUCCAGCCCUUCGGGCCCUCAUAAAGGAUAUCUUUUUGCUGCCUGACCUCCCGGAGGAAAAUCUAGAGAUACCCUUCCUCGAGGAUUUGCCCAAAUUGCUCAUCUAUGCCCUCGAAAAGUGUGAGGCUCUGCUCCCUGAUGAGUGCCAUAGGAAGCUGCGCCAGUGCCGCAACACCGUAGGCAAUUUUUUGGGCGCCAGAGCCAACACGCUCCAAAUCAACCAACAAGGCCUUUACGAGCUCUUGACGGGCAAUUCUGCCGCCCCCAUCCCCUUGUACCUGCCUCAUCACAAUGCCGGCGUCGUCAUUCGCUGGGGCGUUUGCCAGCGCCGCGUUGAAAUAUUUCAGCUAUCCCCGAGAGUCGAUGCCGUCACCUCCACUGUUGGCAGACUGCGACGGCAGUUUCCCGAGAUGAGCGUGACCAUUGAGGAAAAGGUUGCUGCAGACGAGGAUUUUGCUCAGGCGAUUGCCGAGACUCUUUCGGAGAUGGACAAAGAGGAAGUCCCAGGUUUGAAGACCGGCAGAGUGUUUAGACGAAAGCGGUACGAGGAUAAAUGCGACGUCACCUUGUGCGACCACGUCGUCGAUAUCCUCUUCCCUUAUCUCCUCACGGAAAAGUCCACCUCCAAGGACGUCCCCAUUGGCGCAAGCAUUAUGAAGCACACUCGAGACUUUGUGCGCUUCGUCGACGCGAAGAAGUCAAUUGCCCGAAGGUCCCCGGCUUGGCUGCUCUUCAAGGUUGUUCUGCAGCAGGAGUUGCGACACGAGAGCAGCCCCAACGACUACUCCAUGUACAAGCAAUUCAUGCUCGUCUUCUUGUCGUUGCUUCUUGAAGCUGCCUGCGAUCACAACUUUGAUGCCCUCACGCUUCACUGCAUGGCUCGAAAAAUUGGCUACCGGGCGCUGAAGCUACAGGACAAGGCCUCAGGCGAGUGGAUGGCUACGGUCGAGUGUGCCGUCAAGCGGGCCAGCAAUGAGCUCAAAACGAACUGGGCGGAGAUUGUGAAGGCUGAUCAGGCAAAAAGGGCCAAAAGUCUUGCGCCCUUCAUUUUCGACGCCACUGAUUGCCGCAUCAAGCACCCUGGGUUGGACAAGUUUCUGGCCAAGAUCCGUGACCAGCCUCCAUCAGAGGUCGUGCUUGUCGCCGAGCCGAAGUCAGACACCAUUGAAUGGCCCCCUGGAAAGCUGCCUAACAUGGCCUUUCUAACAAAGGAGUCCCCUGAAAGCAUCAUCUUCAACUUGAUAAAAGUCGAGCAAUGGGUCGAGGACUACCUACAAUCAUUUGUGGAGAGCCACAAGACUGACAAGUCGACGUGUUCAGACAUCAGCAAGUUUGCUACUGCUUACUUCAAGCAGGCGACUUCCACUUACAAAGACUUUCCAUAUCACAUUUCUAUCAUGUAUCUCACACUGCUAGAACUGUGGCUUGCUUGCGACGAAUGUGCCGUCGCCCGCCACCACUUGCUGAAAGAAUACGCACCUCUCGGGGUUGAGGAGGUCAACCUGGAGUCUCUGAUGUUGCGGACAGGGCAAGAGAUGCUUCGGCUCUCCAAGAUAGAAGACUAUCUUCGAGAUCGAUCAUCCGACGCAUUAGACAUGCUUGCCCAAUACGGGAAGGCCGACUGCUUCGGGGCUCGGUUUGCGCGGAGUAGCGAGCAGCACAAGAGACUCAUGGCGGCGAUUGAGGACGACAUGGAUAAGCAGAAGCAGGAGAAGUCCAAGGAACUUGAUAGUAUGAAGAUGAAGCAGAAGUGGCAUCUGGAAUGUCAUGAAAAGAGCGAGUGCGACGUGCUCAAAUGCCGCGUAGGCAUCGACAAGAUCCCUUGUAAGCGGUGCCUGAACUUUGCCAUGGCCUGCAGUCUCAGUGUCCAGCCUCUUCGAAGCAUGCUUCCAGAAGACAGCGAUCUCGCCCAGACGAUCGUUUUUGAACUUGCAGUUCCUCCCGAUAUCUCCGCUUGGCGUGACUUUUGCUUCUUCAUCCUGCUCGAAGUCGCCGGGUACGAAAGCCAAACCAAAGACUCAGACUCGAGGGACCCGGACUCGGAAGACCCUGAUUCAGACUCGGAAGGCUCGGACUCGGGGGGCUCAGAUUCGGACUCCGGGGAAGAAGCGAAGCAAGACCAUGACCAAAACAGCCAAACGCGAAAGGAAAAGCGAGUGCCGUUUAUCAGCUACAUUCAGAAUUACCCAAUCUUUUGCGGCUACUUUAAAUCAGAGUCCAAGAGAAGAAUUGUUCUCGCAUCGCCAUCUGAGAGGACCAAGGACAAAGCCCCCGUGCCUGUCCGGCAAGACACGCAGCUGUCUCGCGUUUGCACGCCACAUCCGAUGAAUUGGCAGCUGUUUGACUCGAAACAAGGCAAUUUCAUCAAAAUGAUUGGUCAAACUGAUGUGAUUCGAGAAUUGUGCUCAUUCGAUAUUUGCCAUGAGAAUGAGCUGCUGCGCAGGGCUCUCACAAACGACGAUCCAGCCAUACCCAAGAACCAGAAUGAGCUCAUAUCUCUGCGUCUUGAGGCGGAAAAUGUCGCGAUGCUCAAGCACAAUGAAGAGCUUGGAUCCCUCUACUUUGGAGACCAUGUGAUGUGGAUUAAGCUGCUGCGUGAGCUGCGCGGGACGUCCAUCGACUGGGCAGCUCCAGAAACGUUUCUGUUCAUGUCCCAGAUGGUGUUCGAGGUUGGUCCAAGAGAAGGAGAGGGCCCGGCGAGACAAAGACAUUUCCAGCUAAGUAAUGAGACUUUUGCGGCAGAAUUUGUCAAGGAGACCAGGCGACUGUUGAGUAUUUACGCAGACGGCCGCUCUGGCCGCAAACCGCUGGCCGUGCUUUGCAUCAUUGCAAUCAAGAUGACCAACGAGGCUCCCGAACCUUGCCGAAAUGCUGCAUUGGAUGUCCUGGCCGCUAUACGCAAGAGAUGUUUUGGUUGGCUGAGUGACAAUCGACAGUCCAGGCUCAACGACACGCCGGAGAUGCUCGAGACGCACUUGGAGAUAGCCUUGAUCUGCGCAUACACGUUUGCCGUGGACUACUACUUCUUGAAGCAUCACAUAUUAUCCGACAAUCAAAUCAAAAACGUGGAGCGGUACAUUGUGGCCAUGACCACUAUCCACGAGAACCAGAGAAAAGUGACAAGCUACUUCCAAAAGACGUUGUACUCGGCGUCGCUGCGGCUCGCCGUCAGUGCGACGGGAAUUCUGAUGGGACAGAUCCAACGGGGAAUUCUUGGCGGCAUCAGGAAUGGCCUCAUAUUUUCUUGCGAACAAAACAUGCAGCUCUCGCCGGUUGAGAGUUACAUCAGUCCUGUCUCCGGACCGUGGAUCAAGACGUGCACGCGGAGUUUUGACCGAUCAGCUCCCAAAGCUAUUCACCUAAACCUCAUGACUGGCGAGAUACGCAUUGAUGGAAAGAAUCCCAGGCAUCUACCCGCAUGUUACACGAGCCAUGAAGACUUUGUCGCCCUGUUUGGCGGCCUGAGUCCUACGGUGAUCCCAGUUGACGAUGCCAUCUACAGGUAUCAGUUUCGAAAUCAAUUUGAAGGAUUCCGCAUUCGAGUUGGCAUGAAGAAGAUUAAGCUGAAAGGUCAUCCGCCGAAGUUUAUACGUGAAUUGCAUGUGCGAGCAACCAAGGGCGGCCACGUCUCCGUACUGCUUCCGCGCCGGAUCCUCUCGUUGUCCAGCUUUCCAUUUCCAGACGAGUAUCUCAGCGCCCACUUGCACUGGCAUCAGAUUACAAAGGAAGAUUUUCGAAUCGACUUUUAUCCUCGCCAGAGCGCUUGGGAUCCGAGCUCCAUUGCCUGGGAGCUGCAGUCGCAGCACGACGGUUGGGUUCUCAAGGAGCGUGGUCGAGAUCGCGUUGUGAUGCCCACAUCACUUGCCUACUACAACGGGUUGUCGCGAGUUUUUGAGCAUUUUGUGACAGAGAAAGACUUUCAUGUUAUUUUCAACAAAGAUGCUGGGGUUCUGGAGGCGCGCUUGGGGAUUCUUGGGCUCAAUUUCUUCAUCAACGAUGGAGAGAGGACGAUUCGCUCCUUCGAGUUCGAGGACAUGGCCAUCGACCACGACUAUUCGCUGAAAACACUGAUUGGGCUGCAACCAAAGCUGAUUCUUCGCUGUGAAAAGGACCGGAAAAGCCGAACUCUCUUGGUUGCAGAUGGCGAGGAGCGAGCCUGGCAGACAGCAGGUCAUACCGAGGUUACCGUUGCCAUCAACCAAGACACAACUGUGCAGACUUAUACCAUCAACGAGGCUCUGGGUCAGUUGAGAGGAAAUCAGACGUGGAGGAGCAAGGCGUAUCUUGCCUAUUUGUAUGCGCUCACCUCGCAUUGCUUGCCUGAUCCCUUUACCUCGAAUACCGGCCAGGAGACGGCCCUCGAGAUUCUAACCUCUGGCGCCAUUCUAUCUUUUGACAGCCUUGACGAGAAAGACUGUGCUCUCCUGGAAAAGAUUUCCCAUCUUGCUCCGGAGCAACACUUUCGCAACAGGCGAGGCGCCAGGCCCGUCACGCUGAAAUGGAACGACAAACUGCAGCCCGGCUUACAUCACGACGGAUACUACACUGCUGUUCAGAACAUCCUGGACCAUGCACAAACACUGGAUUCGUUCGCGAACUGUCCUAAAACAUACCGAAGAAAGGUUACUGAGGCCGAAGAGAAGCUCAUGAAGGCAGAUACCGCCCGGCUUUCUUGUUUUCGCGUUCCGGGCUAUAGCAACCACGACGGCUCUCGCGACGCCGACUACUACUUUCGCAUACCAGAUCUCAAGCCAAAUAAAGGGAAAGGGAAAGGGAAAGGGAAAGAAAACAGGGGCGAAGAGGUGGAAACAUGGGACUAUGCCAAAAGUGAAGCUUUUCGCAGAGCAUAUUCAGCCGCUUUUGGGGCGAAGCACCGACGGCGCUUCAAUGUUGCGCUACCCUCUACCAGUGGCGUCUUAUCGCGUAUCACAAGCAAAGGUACAGCCAAGGCUGGGACGGAGCAUUACGAGCUGGAAAAUCUCAGAUAUUCUGCUAAAUGGGUCGACCCGGAGGAGACGGGCGCGUUAGUGCAAGAUUUCUGCUCUAUUCUCAGAGUGCUCACAGGCAGCUCCUUGGGCGAGCGAAACAAGUACCGACUGCGAUUGUGGCUCAGCACGGUCGCGUUUGGCAUCAAUGAUGAAGUGGCCAGAGUUUUGGUUCCUAUCCUCAGUGCCCUUAUCAACCAGCCACGGUCUGAUUGGAAGAUGCCGACCAGGUCAAGCUCGAAUACCACCGUCGGCCAUGAGUGUGACGCGGAUCAACUCGUCGCCAUCUUGAAUAAUGCCAAGAGGCCAUUCACUUCACAACAAGGCCUUUUUGUGAAUGAAACUGGGGUUUCUGAAGAGGUAUUCCUCCAAGACCAAGACAAUGCAAUCGCGAACCUUGUUGGGUUGAUGGUUGGUGCAAAGGGAGUCGUCGACAUGACGGCCUUCGCCUACUUCCUGCAUGUAGAUCAAGCCAUAGUGGCUCUUGAUUGCCGGUUUCGUGACUGGGAUGUCAACAAAUCAUGGAACGAGUAUUGCGAGCAUCUCUGCUCACUCGUGCUCGACCUAACUGUCUCCGAAGCGAAGCCUCCGGCGGUCCUGCUCGCUCUCGUCGGCAAGGACAAGGCUAGAGUCACCAAGACGGAUUCCACCCUUGAAAGCGUGAUCCGCCACUCGGACACUUUCCCACACAUCUCGCUUCGCUGGUUCCUGAAGCAGCUGUCAUUCAGAAGAGGUUCGACGUCCAAGCUGGAGUCGGGAUGGUCGACUCUGAUUCGACAGAUUGCGGCGCUCUGUCGUGACCGUCAGCACAUGGACCGUCUCAUCAAAGCAAGCAGCGACGAAACUGAACUGCUCAACGAGCUACAAACCAUUGAUAGGUAUAGCUACGACGACUCGCUGUUUCCGGACGCGGUGCUCCUCGAGAUCGAGCAGGACAUCUGCCUCCGCGCGAAUCAGCUCGAGACGGCGACGAGGAUGCGAGAUCCGCCGAGCAAGGAGAAUUCCGUCAUGCAGCUCAACAUGGGCGAGGGAAAGUCUUCCAUCAUUAUCCCGAUACUGAGCGCGUCUCUAGCCCAGGGCAAGUCUCUGGUGCGCGUCUUUGUCGGCCGACACCAGUCAGCGCAGAUGAUGGACACGAUGACGGCGGCCAUCGGCGGUCUCAUGAACCGGACUGUGUUCCGCAUGCCGUACAACAGAGACUCCAAGCUCGCGGACAAGGAGAUCAAGAAAGUCAAGGACAGCUUGGUGCAGUGUGUCAAUACUGGCGGUGUGCUCUUGCUGCAGCCCGAGCAUCACCAGUCCCUGCUCUUGUCCACGUGUCUCAACGAGGACACUACCCGAACCAAGAGCUACUUGAAUCUUGUCAAGUAUCUCCGUUUGACGUGCCGCGACAUUAUCGACGAAUGCGAUGAGCUCUUGUCGCCCAAGCAUGAGCUUCUCUACACGAUUGGCACUCCAGCACCGGUAGAUUUUGCGCCAGACAGGUGGCUCCUUAUCCAAGGUCUCCUGGAGAUUCUACCUCGAGAAGAAGUAAUUGCUGAAUGCAACGUUCUUUGUCAACAAGACCCGAAGCGACCCGGAGGAUAUCCGAAUCUCUGCUUCCUCUCACCCGCAAGUCCCUCCGAGGUGCUCACAGAAGCAGCGCGCGUCUUCAUCAUUGAUGGCGUCACGGGAUUCCGCACCAGCCGAUACUCUGGCCCAACGAAGAAGGCCAUUAAGAUGUUCACCACAGAGACGCAUCCAACUGCAAAGUGCAAGAAAACACUCAAGAAGCUAGGCCAAGCGGCGAGAUCCGGCCUGGCCUUGGUCCGGGGAUGCAUCGCUCACGACAUAUUGCGCGCCGCACUGCAGAAGCGGUGGCGUGUUGACUAUGGCUGCGACUUUGCGCGGACACCGAGCACGCGGCUCGCGGUACCGUUUGCCGCCAAGGACGUGCCGAAGCUUCGCUCCGAGUUCAGCAACACGGACCUUGUCAUCAUCUUGACACAUCUGUCCUUCUACUAUGGCGGUCUGCGCGAGCAGGACGUUCGUGAACUCAUCGAGCACAUGUGCGCAGCGGACGAUGGUCACGACGUCUACAAGCUAUGGAUCAGAGAUUCCAGGAUGCUUUCUGGCCUCCCCGAGCUCAACGUCAUCAAUUUGCAGGACGAGAAGCAGUUCCAGCAACGCGUUUUCCCCAACCUCCGAUACUCGGUCAAGGCCAUCAACUACUUUCUGAGCCGUCUUGUAUUUCCCACGGAGCUCAUCGCGUUUACCCAGCACAUGGCCGCCUCGGGAUGGGAUUUGGCUGAAAAGAUGCCGCAUCCCAAGACGGGCUUCAGCGGCACUGCCGACCAGUGUGCCUUGCUGCCCCUAGACAUGAAGCAGCAAAACCUCGCGUCGCAGAUACACACUGACGCGUUCGUGCUCAACAAUGUCCUGCACAGCGACAAUAUCGUCUUUUCAAUGCAUGCGGGGCUAGAGAAGCGCGCGAUGGACGGUGAGGACGUGGUCGAGCAUGUGAUCCAGGACGGCCGGAUCCGUGUCAUUAUCGACGUCGGUGCACAAAUCCUGAGAUUGACCAACAGAGAGGUGGCGGAGCGAUGGCUAGCGCAAACUGAAGAUGGUGGCAUCAAGGCCGUAGUAUUCUUUAACGAAUCCGAGGUUCUAUCCGUCUGGGAUGGCAGUGGAGUCGCGCCUCUCAAGACAUCCACGUAUUCCAACAAGCUAGACUCGUGUGCAGUGUUUCUGGAUGAGGCUCACACGCGGGGAACCGAUCUGCGGCUCCCUCUUGAGUAUAAGGCUGCAGUCACUGUCGGGCCGGGUCUCACAAAGGAUCGGUUGGCUCAAGCUUGCAUGCGCAUGCGGAGCUUGGGCAAGGGUCAGACCUUGGUGUUUUACCUGAGCUUCGAGGCGGAAAAUAACAUUCGCGUCUUGCUGCAGCUUUCAGACAAGCAGCCCAUUGCCGUGGAGCACAUCGUCCAGUGGUCCAUCGUCCAAACGCAGACGAGCAUCGCGCGACAGAUGCCACUCUGGGCCAAGCAAGGCCGUCGCUACGAAAAGAAGAACAAGGCGUGGAACUAUGUGUUGAACAUGAAGAAUCCAUCCGCAGACAGUUACGAAGGAAUAGAGCAGAGCUUUAUCCAAAAAGACGUCAAUAAUGUCGAAAAGAGCUACGCUCCUCGACCACGGCCUGCUGAUGCAAGCAGUCACAUCCAGGGUCCGACCCCAGGCAAGACGGAGGAUGACGAUGACUCCAACACCAGCAGCGAGACGGAAGUCAGCGAUGACUCGACCCUUGACAGCCUGGACUCCCAAUUUAUCAAGGCGCUGACCGAACGGUGCAGGGUGUUUGGUUGCGCGGGCACCGUGGCUGACGAUUUGGACGAGACGUGCGAGCGUGAGGUGGCCCCAGAGGUCGAGGACGAAAAGCAAGUCUGCAAGCCGCCGAAGCCGAUUCCUAACGAAUACACCCGGAACCGGGCUCUGGGGGAGUUUAUCCACAGCGGAAAAGUCUUCGUCAAUGAGGACGGGGGCUUCCAAGGGCUCGAAUGGGCCUUUGAGUCGCUGCACCGCACCACGCUGGCCAGCAUGGUCAAGGAGUUGAACUUUCCUCGAAACCUCGUAGUGUCUCGAGACUUUGCCAAGCCCAUAGACACGGAGGAUCACAUGGACGAUUACCAACAGCACGUCGCCUUCAUCCUACGCGUGAAAACUCACUUGCAGCGGCACGAGCUGCCCCAAGUCGUCGUCGUUAUAAGCCAACAAGACGCCGAGCAAUACUGGCAAGAAAUCUCUGCCAGUAAAAGUAUUGUCGAGCUCGAAAUCUACAACGCAAAGGUUGUCCUCCCUCAAGCCGUGGUCAGGCCUGCACUCACCAACGAUAAGGCUGGUAUGCACCCAACCGCCAUCCGCAUAGCACUGGACCUUUUUGCAGGGCAGCUAUACUUUAUGUCUUGUGACGAGUACUUUGAAGUGUCCAGCUUUCUCGGGCUUGCCUACUUCGAGGCCCCGAAAGGCUUCGAAGUUGACCCGGACGGCUUUAUCCCGCCGCCGGAGCGCCAUAAGAUUCCCGCCUGGCACUGUGGCCCUGACCGGCUUUGGGAUACCUUUGACUCCAGCCCCGUUUCUUUCUUUAAGCGCUUCCUUGGCGUCAUCCGUGGACACGGUGCCGGUAUUGAGCACACCCAUAUGGGAAAGAUGCUCGACGGCCAGCAGCUAGGCCCGACGGAUUUCCCCGGCAGGUAUCGGCUGCCUUGCGCCGCCGACGUCGUCGAGGGUGCAAAAGGCCGUGGCAGAGGCGGCAUCGGAGCUACUCGGCUCGAGACUCGAGCACAAAGAGACCAGCGAAAGCGCGGACACGGUGAUGAGGGCGCAGCCGGGGCCAAGGAGGGACCGGCCGCCAAAAGACCUCGAUCAGAGGAGGGGUCGGAGCUCUCGGGAGAGGCGGCCGACGACGCUGAAAUUAAGCAAGAAAAGGAGGCGUUGAUGAAGGAGGGGAACGGACAGGUAAAAAAGCGCAAGCGGAAGGAAUGA